AUGGAUGUGGAGUCCUUCCUGGCGUCGUGCGCGGCAUCAGGCGACGCGGCUUACGGCGCCGCCGAGGCCGUGCUCGAGCGCCUCCAGGACCCCGCCUCCCGAUCCGCGGCCCGCCGUCUCCUCGGCGCCGUCCGCCGCCGCGUAACCUCGGUCUCCGGGAAUGAGGAAUGUCCCCGCGCCUUCAACUUCCGCAUCCGCGACGUCGUCCUCGAACCCCACCUCAAAGGAUCCCAGCAAAGAAAUAUCCUAACAAUGAUGGAGAUGCCUAGCAUUUUCAUUCCUGAAGACCAGUCCUUCACUUUCUACGAGGGUCUCAAUCAGCAUCCAGAUCCUGCUUUCAAGGAUAAGAUAGUCGCAGAGCUGGGAUGUGGCAAUGGUUGGAUAUCCAUCGCGCUUGCAGAAAAGUGGUCUCCGUUGAAGGUCUACGGUCUGGAUAUUAACCCAAGGGUUAUCAAGAUUGCAUGGAUAAAUCUUUACUUGAAUGCACUAGAUGACGAUGGUCUUCCAAUCUAUGAUGGGGAGGGGAAAACAUUACUUGAUAAAGUUGAAUUCCAUGAGUCUGAUCUUCUUGCAUACUGUAGAGACAACAAGAUAGAACUUGAUCACAUUGUUGGAUGCAUACCUCAGAUUCUUAAUCCCAAUCCAGAGGCCAUGUCAAACAUUAUCACUGAAAAUUCUAGUGAGGAGUUUUUGUAUUCCUUGAGAAACUACUAUGCUCUUCAGGAUUUUGUUGAGGACCAAUUUGGCCUCGGGUUGAUUGCUCGUGCAGUUGAAGAAGGGAUAGCUAUCAUAAAUCCUAUGGGUAUUAUGAUAUUCAACAUGGGAGGCCGACCAGGUCAAGGUGUUUGUGAACGCGUACUUCUACGCCGUGGAUUACGCAUCAAUAAGCUCUGGCAAACAAACAUUAUGCAGGUUUCUGAUGCGGAUAUUUCAGCUUUAGUUGAAAUUGAGAAAAUUUACCCACAUCAUUUUGAGUUCUUCAUGGAUCUUCAUGGGGAUCAACCUGUCUCUGCACGCACUGCCUUGGCAUACAUGAAAUCUGGUGGCCGUGGUUCACAUGCUUUCUCCGUGUAUAGCUGUCAACUUCGCCAACCUAACCAGGUGAAGAAACUAUUUGAGAGUAUUAAAAAUGGACUUCAUGAAGUCGGCAGCUCGCUCGAUUUAUCUUUUGAUGAUGAUUCUGUUGCCGAUGAAAAGAUUCCCUUCCUAGUAUACCUAGCUCAGUUUUUGAAGGAUGAUAGGCCCAAUCCUUGUGAGCCUCCAGCUGGAUGUUUAAACUUUCGGAAUAUUGUCGCUGAAUUUAUGAAGAGCUACCACCACAUCCCAUUAACUCCUGAAAAUGUUGUUGUAUUCCCUUCCUGCGAUGUGGCAAUAGAAAAUUACCUUCGACUGUUCUCACCAUCACUUGCGAUUGUCGAUGAACAUCUGACCAGACACUUGCCCAAGCAAUGGUUGACAUCUUCAGCAAUCGAGGGGAGGGCAGAUUGUAACCGUGCUGAAGACACAGUCACUGUAAUUGAAGCACCAUGCCGGUCAGAUUUGCUGAUUGAAUUGGUCAGGAAGCUGAAGCCUCAGGUUGUUGUUACUGGCAUAGCUCAUUUUGAGGUUGUCACCAGUGCAGCUUUUGUGAACUUACUAAGCGCAACACAAGAUGUUGGUUCUCGCUUAUUGCUAGACAUUUCAGAGCAUCUGGAGCUAUCUAAUUUGCCAAACUCUAAUGGUGUGCUGAAAUAUCUUGCUGGAAACACCCUACCUUCGCAUGCAGCUAUACUGUGUGGUCUAGUAAAAAAUCAGGUUUAUUCUGAUCUGGAAGUUGCUUUUGCUAUUUCCGAGGACGCAGCUGUAUGUAAGGCAUUGUCACAAACUAUUGAGAUAUUGGAAGGACAUACUUCUGUGAUUAGCCAGCACUAUUAUGGAUGUCUUCUCCAUGAGCUGCUGGCGUUUCAAAUUGGAGACCACCAUGCACAACAAGAGAGGCAACCUGCAGAAGUGACACCUCAGAAGAUAAUAGGAUUUUCUAAUUCAGCUCUGACUACCCUAGAAGAAGCUGAAUUUUUUGUUCCCGAGUCAAAGGAUUGUAGUGUCAUUCAUAUGGAUUUAGACCGCAGUUUCUUGUCAGUACCUUCUGCAGUGAGCGCCUCCAUUUUUGAAAGUUUUGUGAGGCAGAACAUCACGGAUUCUGAAGCUGAUGUCCGUUCUAGCAUUGAAAAGCUGGUGGGAAAUAACUAUGGUUUACCAGGAGACGAUUGUCCUGAUAUUGCAGAGUCCGCCUACCGUAAGGAAAUUGUAUAUGGCAGCAGCUGUCUCGCACUCUUUAACAAGCUUAUCAUUUGCUGUGUGCAAGAACAAGGCACCUUCUUUUUCCCCAUGGGCACAAAUGGACACUAUGUCGCAGCAGCGAAGUUUAUGAACGCAAAAACCUUGACAAUUCCAACAAAUGUAGAGUCAGGCUUCAAGAUUGAACCGAUAGCUCUAGAUGCAGCUCUAGAGGAUGCCAUUGAGAACAAUAAUGUAUUCCGUCCAUGGGUGUAUAUUUCUGGCCCUACAAUCAACCCUUCUGGUUUCCUUUAUAGUGACAACGAGAUAAAAGAUCUGGUCUCUGUUUGUGCUCAUCGUUCAGCUCGGGUCGUAAUAGAUACCUCCUUUUCCGGUCUUGAGUUUCAAACCGAUGGCUGGAGUCGGUGGAAUUUGAGUACAUUAUCUUAUGACAUUUGCUUAUGUUCCACACUAACUUAUUUCAUGCUUGGAGAGCUGUCUCUUCAGCUGACAGCGUCUGGCCUUGAUUUUGGGUUUCUGAUUUGUAGUAAGCCACCCAAUGUGGAACUUAGUUUCGGAAGCUUGAGUCAGCCACAUAAGACACUGAAGUAUGCUUUUAGAAAACUGUUGGGUCUUAAAAACGAGUGCGAUGAACACUUCUCUAGUCCCUUCUAUAGUCUCAUCAUGGAGCAACAGGACAAAGGUCAGGAAUGGUUCGAACAAGUUCGAAAAGCUGAUAAGGGGAAACUCUCUAAUAUCAUCAUGGAGCAAAGGGAGAAACUCAAGAAACGUGCCAACAAGUUAAGGAAGACACUUGAGAGCUGUGGGUGGGAUGUUGUCGGCGGCGAUGGAGGUAUCUCGAUGCUGGCGAAACCGACGGCCUACAUUAGCAGAUCAUUCAAGAUAGACGGUUUUGAAGGCAAACUCGACGGCUGCAACAUUAGGGAAGCCGUUCUUAGAUCCACUGGUCUUUGCAUAAGCAGUAGCAAAUGGACCGGGAUACCAGAUUACUGCCGGUUCAGCUUUGCUCUGGAGACCAGUGAAUUCGAGCGGGCAAUGGACUGCAUAAUCCGGUUCAGAGAGUUGGUUCUGGGAGAGGAACAAGGCUCGAUCUGAUGAAAGGGUAGUAAAUGUCAAGAUUGGGAUUAAUUGAUUGCAUGGAAGGUAUGGUCCAGUGCACAGAGGGCGUCGUCAGAUAAGGGGUUGGGGCUCGUGGGAGAGAUAAUCCGGUGCAGGAGGGAAAAUAUAGUAGUGGAGAAGAAUAUGGGCCUUACACAGUCUGAAAAACAUGAGAAGUAUUCAUGUGAAAUGGACAAGAAAUGACCAUAAUGGUAUUUUUCGGAGCAGUAGUUUGGAAGGAAUUGGGGUGUCAUCUAUCCAAUUAUCUCUGCCAUACUAGCUUAUAUGUAUAUUUGCUUUGUCUC